CCGAGAAACAAAGACGCACCCAGGGCAGCCGCAUACAGGACAGCGGCAUCCACCAGCACGCCACCUGAGGCUCUUUCAGCAAGAUGCUUGCAGUCAGUGCAAGGACCAGGCAGCUAAAUGUCACUUGUGACAGCUCAGUGGACAGGGAGGUCUUCCUCCAUUACUCCCUCAUCCCAUCACUUUUCAUCAUUUUGGUCUUGUCCUUCCUCCAACGACGCAAGCACUGUAGACAAAGAAAUGACACCUUCUACCUCCUGGGGGACCGCUUUGGAAUCAUCGUGCCUCUGGACUUCCUGGGAACUUUCAGCAACCGAUGGUCCUAUGGAGUUGCCUUUGGGGCCACAGCCAAUAAAAUCAUGUUCUUGUUCUCAGAAGGCUACCAGCCCCUGGAGGUUCCGCAGUGGGCCCAAGCCUUCGUCCUUUUCCUUGGGGGCAUGGAAGUCGGCCUGUCUUACUUUCCCUUCUUUGCCUGCCUGUCCUCAGAGUUCCGGUUGGUCAGCUCCAUCCUGGGCUUCAGCUACUCCCUGAUCUGGUUUGUGGUUACCAUUCUUCAGAUCGCAGAGUGUCCCCAUGGCCAGUAUCUAGGGAGGUUCGAGACCCUCGUCUUCUACUGGCCCUCGCUGCUGUGCCUGGGUUUCCUGCUUGGCCGCUUCCUAUACAUGUUCAUUAAGGCUCUGCCAAUCCGCCUGGUCCUGGAGCCGCAAACAAAAGAAAAGUCAUUGUUGGAGGCCCACCAGGCAGAGCACGUGAAACGGCUCCUGAGCAAGCCCCGGCUGCAAGAAAGAGAAAAGUCUUGGUUCCAAACCAGAGUGUAUGAGUGGGACCCCUGCUUCCAGUUCCCCAGCAGGAUGAUCGGGACCCUCGUGCUGGCAUCCAUCUGCCUGUACCUUUUCAUUGUCAUCGAGUUCUGCGUGUUCCUACUUGUGAAGGACGAACUGGAUGUCUUUGAAGACAGACUGCAGAGCUAUCUCACCCAUAUGAAUGAGACAGAGACCUUGACCCCGGUCAUCCUUGAGGUGCAAGAACUGAUCAGCAUCACGAAAGGAGUCUGGGUGGUGGCCAUUCUGCCUGCCUCCCUCACGUGCGUCAGCUAUCUCUUCCACAUACUGGCCUGUUACAGAAAGCACAUGAAGAGGCUGUGGGCCGGAGACAAACACUUCCUCCCUCAGAAGUUCCAUCGUCCCUCCUCGGCAGCCAGUGUGGUGGCCAUUGCAAGGUACUCCGGCUGGCAAAUAGCCUACAUCCUCUGGGGCUACCUCAUCAUCCACGUGGUACAGAGUCUCUGUGGGGUGAUGCUCAUGUACAGUCUGGUGCUGCCCAUCCUCCACCACCAAGGCCUGGAGAUGCUGCGAGGGCUGGCCGUUGGGGUCCUCACCCUCUCCAUAGUCGUGGGCCUCAUGAUCCUGCAGGUGUGGAUCGCUGGCAGUUUCUUCCUGCAGCCCAAGCUAAGCACGGCUGACACACAGAAGCCCCUGGCUCUCAACAACAGGAGAGCGUUCCACAACUUCAACUACUUCCUGUUUUUCUACAAUGUGCUCCUGGGCUUGGGCGCCUGCCUCUCCAGACUGCUCAUCAGCUGCCUCCUGGGCACCUGGCUGAUUGCCCGGAUUGACAGGACCAUCAUGCAGAGCGGCUAUGAGGGCGCAGACAUGGGCUUCAAUGCAUGGGUUGGCAUGCUCUUUGUGGACCACUAUCACACCAACCCUGUGCUGGUCAGCUUUUGCCACAUCCUGGUCACAAGCCACAGGGACCGGAAGCUGCAGAAGACCCUGAAAUACUGCUACCUGAACCAAGCAGCAGGUCCCCGAUUCUCAGCCAGGGCCCGAACGAGGUGGCUUCUGCUACAGACACUGAUCAACAACCCCAGGCUCGUCAUGCUUAGAAAAUCAAAAUCAGGACACGGUUCCCAAGAGUUCACCCAGAUUCUGCCCACCUGCUCCGAUUGCUGAUAGGAGUACCGACUUCUGCUCCAAGGCCGGGCCAUCUGCUGUGUGAGCAGGAGGCCCAAGGCAUUUGUGAUGACGUCCGUGUAGCACAUGGGGUGCAGGUGCUGAAAGAUGGGGAAGCUCAUUCAAAAGGCACAAGUGUCAGGUUGUGAGGCGUGGGCAUUGUCCUUACGCAGAGCCCAGCACUUACCCAAAUCUUCACACUCAAAAAUGACCCAGGACAGAUACAGUCUGACUGCUGAUAGUUCCUCAGGAACUCGAGCAAGUGCUGUGAGAACCCAGAGUCUAGAGUGCUUGAGCCUGGUUGCUGUGCACACUUGGCCCAGUUGGCGCAUGUGCCAGGGUUGUCUUUUUUAGCCGAGUCUCUACAACAGCUCCAUGGCAAUUUGCUUCUAGA